CUUCAGUCAACAGUACUUCUGGCUUUUCUCAGAAGGGAAAGAUCCAUCAAUUCUUAAGGAAUCUAACUGAUGUGUAGAACAGAAUUAACAGCAGACAAAAGUGACUAUUACCUGAAUAAUUAUAGUUCAUAUAAUAUAUACACCUCAUGUGACAUUUGAAAAGCUUAGGACACCCUACAAGAGACAGAGUCCGCAUCAGAGAAUGGAAAUCCUGCGUACACGAUUCAGUUCUUGGACACCAAUUAAAAACAAAUCGCUUAACAAUCAGCUUUAUCAGGAAAGAAUCAGACUUAUAAGUCACUGGUUUGACUUGUGGACAGACAAACAACGCAAGCAAUUUCUCUUCUUGAUAUUGAACCAGUGCAGUAAAUCACAGCUGAAGUGUGUUGAAAAAUGGCUUGUAGAAAACAUCCCACUGACCCACGUAGAUUUCACCACUCUGCUGCCACGUUUCCUAUCUCUAUAUAUAUUCUCCUUUCUCAGUCCGAGGGAUCUUUGUGCUGCAGCCCAAAUCAAUUGGCACUGGAAAUUUUUAACUGAACAGGACUGUCUGUGGAUGCCAAAAUGCCUUAAGUUAGGAUGGUUUCUUCCAUAUAUUCCUGAAAAGAAUGAAUAUGGCGCUUGGAAGCGAUACUAUAUUGCCUGUGCAACCAGCCUGGAUUAUCUAACUCCUAGGAGAACUGCAUACCACAGCACCACCAGUGAUCUCAAAACAAAAACUGAAGAGCAAGAAGAAAGAUGGCAAGCAAAAUGUUGUCAGAAAUGUAUUCGAGGAGGACUGGCAGUACACAAAAAGGAAUUAUUCAAAGCCCGUCCACCUUGGAUAAGUGGAACCCAUAGCUCAGGAUUUUACAAGUCUGGAUUUCAACCACAAUUGUCCCAAUCUAUCUAUGACCAGGCUAAAUUAUCAGCUGAAUUAUUAAUGAAGAUUCAUCAACAGAAUAAAUCUGCAUCAGGGUUCAGAAUAGAAGCUGAGAAGCCGGUCGUUUUGUCGUCUGGGAAAUCUCUACCAGAAAGAUUUUGUCAGCCUGUUUCCCAAGGAUACCCCAAUGGGAUGCAUUCACUCCAUCCACACCUGGUCUUGAUAUCCUCCCACAUACCUGCAUAUGAGAUGGUUGUGGACAGUGUUAAGCUUGGCGUGGUUCUGGUAGUAUAUGAACAUACUGGGACCACAUUGGAAAGCCUUAUUCAUUCUGUAGAAAGCGCCUUGGAUGGCCAUAUAGCAAAGAGUAUUGGGAUAAUUAGUGAUGGAGAUUCCAGAGAGAUUAACUUGCUUCAAGGUUACAAAAUCAACGCCCUAAAUCUUCUUAAACCUGAGGUGAGAGAGUUUUGGAAGCGCUUAAAAAGUUGCAUUAUCUCUCCAGAAGAAGGUGGAAGCAUAGACCUCUUUGUUCCUCUGGCAGCUUCAGAGGCAGGAAAAGAGAUACUUUCACAGCUGACUCUUCUAACUGGAGCAUUCUUCAGGACUCCUACAGGAAUAGCUACGGGGUCUUAUCAGCACAUCCUCAGUGAAUGGCUGGGAAAUCAGAAAGAAAGCUCUCCUCCGCUUCUCUACCUCACUGAAGUAAAACUGCAAAUAUGGCUCAGAUUCACUGAGCUUCUGGAAGAGACACUGGAUGUUGUCAGGAAAAAGCUGAGUCCAUAUUUUUUUGAUCUGCAAAAGAAGAUGGUUGGCAAAAUUCUUGGUCAAAUUAUGUUUAAUACUAUGCAUUGGUCCAAUAUUCAAGACAAUGAAAGAAUAAUCCAGACUUUGGCUAAAGGAUUAGUUGAACUCUCAAGAGGAAACCACGAAAACCCUCUGGAAUUUCUAUCAUCUUUCCUCAUGAAGAAAUGUAAGAAUGGAGAACUUGGAGACCAGGAUUUCUUGACCGAGGACACUUCAGAAUCAGGGCUUGAUGUGCUACUUAAGAUAGAUGAACCUCAAGAUGUGAUAGAGAGGCGCCAAAGCUUUGCCAGAGAACUUCUCUUAAGUGAGAGAACCUAUGUGCACAUUCUGGAAAUUGUGAAAGAUGUCUAUGUUAUACCAUUAAAAGCAGCACUGGCAUCCCAUCAGACCAUCCUAAGUGAUAUAAGUAUUCAGCUCAUCUUUUCUGAUGUCUUGGACAUUUUACAAGUAAACAGGUGUUUUUUAGCUGAGUUAACACGAAGACUUAAUGAAUGGAGCCCUGCCCAAAACAUAGGAGACAUAUUCAUUAAGUUGGGCCAGCAGUUUCAAACCUAUACAGACUUUUUCAACAACUAUGCAGUGACUCUGAAAACUAUAGAUAAGUGCCGAGAAACUAUUCCAGUAUUUCGUGCUUUCUUGAAGAGACAUGAUCGGACUGUUGUUACCACCAUGAGAAGCAUACAAGAACUUCUGCUCUGCCCUUCUAAGAGGGUCAAAGAAUACAUCACUCUCCUCUGUGGCCUUAGACUUCACACUCCUCAAGAACACACUGACCACGAAGACUUGGCCACUGCAAUUAAGCAAAUGAAACAACUCAAUGAUUACAUAGACCAGUUGAAACUGAAUGUGGGCAGAAAUGAUCAGCUAUUGAGUGUGCAACAGUGCAUCCAAGGAGGUCCUCAGUUAUUGAAAGCCAGUAGAGAUCUAAUUAUGGUGCAAGAUGUGGCCCAGCUAAAUUGUUCUCAGAGAAUGAAUUUGCCAUUCAGGUUGUAUGAGCAUACCCACGAUCUUAGGCUUUUCCUGUUCAAUGAUAUCCUUGUGAUUUCACAACGCAACAUCUCCUACAAGCCCUUUGAACGAAUACCCAAGGUCACGUACCAGUUUUUGGCUACAAUCAUGCUCCAUCAGCUCCAGAUUGAAGACAUUCCAGAUUCUAAAUAUAUCAAGAAUGCUUUACUUUUACAAGGGCCCAAGCAGCAAUGGAUUUGUUCUACAGAUGAAGACAAGUUUGUAUGGCUUUCUGCAUUACGAAAAGCAACUCACUGUAGCAUCAGUGGGGAUGUAAACUGAAUAAGGUAAUCCCCAUUUGGUGACUGCAGUUGGGACUGACAACUCAGACAUUAAGUGAAGCAGUUGCUAUGUGAAAUCCAUAUUCGUGUUUAUGAUCUUAUUUUAAACGUUUUCCUUUGUUUUAUACACCUACAAGAGUUGUAAAUGUGAUGAUUGGUCACAAAGUUUUCAUCCCUGUUGUAACUGCGAAUGGUUGCUGUAUGAGGCAGUUGUUAAACGAGGACUACCUGUAUACUUUCCAUGUAUACUGCUCAUGAUUUAAUGACAUGGUGGAUGUGAUCAUUAAGUGCAAUAACAUUCUUAUUAUAAGCAAAUUUAGUGUGAAAUAAGUAUAUACAAUGAUUUAUCACAGGAGCGUGUGGUUGAGUCAUAGGUUAUGAAUGUGAUUAAUAAAACAGACAUCAGAAGUUUUUUUAAAGAAAUACUUCCUUAUCACCAAUAAGAUACAACUUGUCUGAUUUUUGACUGUUAUGUAUGCAGUCAAAAAUUUAUAUCUGAAAAUUUUGCAGUAGAGAUUGUUUCAAGCACCGUCACUAUGCUCUCAUCCGUAUCUUGGACAAGUACUUGGGUAGGCAUCUGCAAUCCUUAUACUGAUUCGUGCUGGAGGAAAUCUCCAAACUAAAUAUUGUAUAAGAGAUGGAAUCUUUAGAUUUGAAUAUGAAAAUGUCAGGAUUGAGCAUGAUACUAUAUGGCAGGUGCACACAGUAUCUAAGUUCAAAAUAAAGUGUGAGAAUAAAGUGGUUUUGUUUCAAUGACUGAAUAUAAGGGAUAUAACUACCUAUCUAGUCCUUUCAUACACAGAAACAUGUUUUCAUGCAAAAGAAAAUGUUUAGUAAAACGAAUUACUUUUGCUAUGACUUGAUAUUCUGUUUAUGCCAUACAACAUGUAAAAAGACAUUAAUGAACCAUUAAUGUAACUGUAUGAUGCAUUAUACUUUAUUUUGAAUAUAUUGUCUGUUUUGCAUGUGUAGGGAAUGCUUUUUAUGACUUUUUUUUGCUUCUUCCUAAAUGUUUGAUGUUUUCUACCCUGUUUUCCCCAAAAUAAGACAUCCCCUGAUAAUAAGCUCAAUCGGGUUUUUGAGCGCAUGGCAAUAAGGCUAAGCGCUUAUUUCAGGGUUCAAAAAAAUAUAAGACAGGGACUUAUUUUCAGGGAAACAUGGUACUAAAAAGUUUGUUUCAAAUUUUUAUGAGUGAAUAUAGGCCUAUCAGUAGCAUGUACAACCUCAGAUUAGUAGAAAUUCUGUAAGCAGAUAAAGUCUGGUUCCCUCAGAAUGCUAAACGUGCCUUUUUAAAAAAAUGCUAUCAUAAUGAAUGAAGCCACCUAGUUCUAGCCUUAAAAUAACUGACUCUAUAUUCAGUAAAAAAUUGUAAAAAACUUGUCUUCUGUCCACUUGACUUGUUAUUGAGCCAAAUUAAAAGGAUUAACUCCAAUUAAAA